GUAACCCAUGCUAGACCUCGAUUAUAUCGAAUCACUCCCAUACGUCAACCCCACGGUUGACCGCCGGACCGUCCUCAUUCUUGGCGGCUGCAGCGGCAUUGGCUGGUACACGGUGCUCUAUCUUUUCCUCCACGGCUAUGUGGUGUACAUUACUGGCAGAAGCAAGUCCCGGGUCCUCAAAUGUAUCGAUGAACUAGAGAAAGAAGCCAUCCACAUACGCCGGACGUACACAUCGCACGAGCUCUCCAGCGAGCGGUAUCUUGGACACCUCCGCUACCUCGAGCUUGACCCAUCGAGCCUCACGUCGGUUCUUCACACAUCGUCGGCAUUUGCCAAGUUGGAAGACCACUUGAACAUCUUCAUCAACAACUUGAGCACCAGCCAGUUACCACCAACCCUCACCCAGGACAACUUCGAGAUCCUGCUCCAACUCAACUAUAUUGCCCCGUUUCUCCUUAUAACCCAACUUCUUCCACUCCUUGAAAACACUUCAUUGCAUUCUCAUCUCGAUCCUCCCAAAAUCAUCUACACCAGCACCCCCCUCCACCGGCUACAGCUUCUGUACUGGUCGCUCGACACUACAUGGCCCACGUACGCUCACACAGUGUUCGGCUGGUUCCGGUAUUGCAACGCCAAGGUAUCUGGGAUUCAUAUGGUUAAAAUGCUAGGGUUGCGAAACCCCAAGAUCUUGAGCAUAGCUGUAGAUACUGGAUUUGUGAUGAAUCCUAAUAGCUUCAGCUUCCUUACGCGACUACCCAUCAUUGGUGUGAUGUUCUGGUGCUUGUUCCAGGUGUUUGGGUAUUUUUUCGGGUCUUCGGUGGAAGAGGGAAGCUAUGCCAUCAUCAAAACGUGCUUGGAUCCCACGCUAGACUUGGAACACGAUAACGGCAAGUAUUUUGAUAGUAGAGGGUUUGACUCCAGCCCGUCGCGAGUGGCGGGCGACAUGGACUACGCGGCCCGGACGUGGAUUUGGACCGUCAAUAAGUUGAACGAACGGGGAAUCCACAUUCCUAAUUGACUUUAGUAGAGAUACGACGGAUACGAAAAACACGAAAUAUACAUUUCUAGAACU